CCUCCUCAAUGAUCAUCACUCGGAGAGAGAGAGAGAGUAGACAUUCUUGAGGUUUGAAUCCCAGCCAAGCUUGUCCGGUUCAUCUUCUUCGUCUCGCUUGGAUUUGGAUUAUCGAGUUUUGGAGGGUAUGAUAUUUGGAUUGUGUGUUGAUAUUUGAAUGAAUCUGGAGCAAUGUCGACUCCGAAUGCUGAUGUAAAUCUGAAUGGAGGUGUGGUGAAUGGUGGUGAUUCAUCGUUUAAGGUGGAGGAAGUCGACGAAAUCGAUUUCUCAAAGAUAUUAGAGAAGCCGAGGCCUUUGAACAUCGAGAGACUAGGGUCACUUGAUGAAAGAUCUCUUACGGAGUUAUCUGCUUUGUCGCCUCAUCUAAGAAAUGCAGAUAGUGCUUCCCGGAUUUUUGAACACACAGAUUUCGUGUAUUCACCAAGCAUCGGUAGGAGGUCCGGAUUUAAUACCCCGAGGUCGCAGCAUGGGUUUGAGGCUCAUCCCAUGGUGGGUGAGGCCUGGGAUGCUUUGAGGCGCUCCUUGGUUCGCUUUCGUGGUCAACCUGUUGGGACAAUUGCUGCAUUGGAUAGUUCCGAAGAAAAGCUCAACUACGAUCAGGUGUUUGUGAGAGACUUUGUACCUAGUGCAUUAGCAUUCCUGAUGAACGGAGAGCCAGAGAUUGUCAAAAACUUCAUCUUGAAGAUUCUUCGGCUUCAGUCAUGGGAGAAAAAGAUCGAUAGAUUCCAACUUGGUGAGGGAGUGAUGCCUGCUAGCUUCAAAGUUUUCCACGAUCCUAUCAGAAAUCACGAGACACUGAUUGCUGAUUUUGGCGAGAGCGCAAUCGGAAGAGUAGCGCCUGUGGAUUCAGGAUUCUGGUGGAUUAUACUGCUCCGAGCCUACACAAAGUCCACAGGAGACUCUUCUCUAGCUGACAUGCCUGAAUGCCAAAAGGGCAUACGAUUGAUACUAAGCUUGUGUCUUUCUGAGGGUUUUGAUACGUUUCCCACUCUUCUAUGUGCCGAUGGUUGCUGCAUGAUUGAUCGUAGAAUGGGGGUUUAUGGUUACCCAAUAGAAAUUCAAGCUCUUUUCUUCAUGUCCUUAAGAUGUGCCUUGCUCCUGCUUAAGCAAGACGGUGAAGGGAAGGAAAUGGUGGAACAGAUAGUUAAGCGCCUUCAUGCGUUGAGCUACCACAUGAGGAGCUAUUUUUGGCUGGACUUGAAGCAGCUAAAUGACAUAUACCGAUACAAGACAGAGGAGUACUCUCAUACCGCAGUCAACAAGUUCAACGUCAUGCCCGAUUCUCUUCCAGAAUGGGUUUUCGACUUCAUGCCCCCUCAUGGCGGAUAUUUCAUCGGAAAUGUAAGCCCUGCAAGGAUGGACUUCCGUUGGUUUGCCUUGGGAAAUUGCAUCGCAAUACUGUCUUCCUUGGCUACUCCUGAACAGUCGACGGCGAUUAUGGAUCUUAUAGAAUCUCGCUGGGAAGAGCUGGUGGGGGAAAUGCCGCUGAAGGUAUGUUAUCCAGCAAUUGAAAGCCACGAAUGGAGAAUAGUAACAGGAUGUGACCCGAAAAACACCCGAUGGAGCUACCACAAUGGGGGAUCAUGGCCAGUGCUUCUAUGGCUUCUUACGGCGGCUUGCAUUAAGACCGGACGGCCACAAAUAGCGAGACGAGCAAUCGAAGUAGCGGAGCAAAGGCUGCACAAGGACAGCUGGCCAGAGUACUAUGACGGGAAACUGGGCCGAUACAUCGGGAAACAGUCACGGAAGCUACAGACGUGGUCAGUGGCCGGCUACUUGGUGGCAAAGAUGAUGCUGGAAGACCCUUCUCAUGUAGGUAUGGUUGCUCUCGAGGAAGACAAACAGAUGAAGCCCUUGAUGAAAAGAUCCAACUCCUGGACAUGCUGACUCCCUUUUGUGCUUAGGCUAUAUGAUCUUCCUUAGGGUAUGUUUAGGAAGAUCGCAACUAGAUUUCAGCCUUGUGCUGCAAGUUAGGGUUUUAGCCUGAAAGGUGGCAAGAAACAGAACCAGAAACCAAACCCAACACGUCGUUUUUCUGUUCAGAUUUCGAGCCCAGGACUUGUGGUUGUAGUCCUUUGGUGUUAAAGCCUGUAAUUCGCGUCAAAUCAUCGGAAGUUGUCCCCUUGUGAAAGUGGAAGCUGGUGUUUUUUUUCCUAAACUAAUUGAAAUCGAAUCAAAUUA